UUGGAGAAGAGUAAGAGAAAGAAUGAGGGAGGGAUUUGUUAGUCACAUAUACUUGAUAAGUCUGUAUUAUGAGGGGUGACAAGGAUUUUCACUUUGUCUAGAUGGGGUGAAGAGCCUGCUUUACUGGAACUCUGAGCUUACUGGGUAUAAAUAAAGAAAGUGAAAUGGUAUAGACAGAAUAAAUGAAAUGACAGCACAGGAAACACCAUUCAACUAAGUUUGCCGUUACUGUAACAGCAUUAAGAUUAUAGGUCUUACUUAUAGGAGAGGCAUAAAAGUAAGUUUACAGAGGAGCCUGGAAACAUCUGGAGAUGAGGGGCAUGAUGUGGAUUUGUGCUGUGAUUCUCCUUUUGGUGUCUGAAGCUUGGAGCACGAAGCCAGGAACUAAUCAUAGCACCUAUGGGAACACCAGCACUUCUUCUCCUAAAGUUUAUGCUGCCAGACAUUUAACUUUCAACAAGGGGAGUGAUGCUGCCCUGACUUGCAGCAAUAAGACAUGGGAUAAGAUGAUAUAUGUUAUCUGGAAUAUAUACUUGAAAACCAAAACGUGUAAGAUAGGCUUUGAAAAUGCCGGCCAUAUCAAAGACAACUGCACAGAUGGCAAGUCACUCCAAAACACAUCCAGCUUUCAGUCAUACCUGCGCAUCCCAAACUUCUCAGGAAAUGAUGUGGGAGUCUACAAGUGUGAGUCCGUUUACAGUGGAGGAAGCGAAAGCUAUGAGCUCAACGUGACUAUUACAGUUCCUCCCAGUGUAUCAUCCUGGUUAGAGCAAAGGGACAGUAAAAUGGUGGCUGUAUGCAAAGCUGAAAGAGGAAAACCUGCUGCCAACAUCAGCUGGAAUCAUCCGGAAAAGCCAUCUAAUGUGGUAAAAAAUGAAACAGGUGGAUUUAUUACUGUAGAAAGUCAUCUGGAGCUCCCUGAGGGCAUGGACACAAGGAACCUGAGCUGUGCUAUUGGGCACCAGUACUGGGAACAGGACAAGAUUCUGAGACCAAAACCCAAACAAGGUUACAUGUAUGAGCUGUUCAUACCCAUUGUCGUGGUACUUGUUAUAUCUUUACUGGGAAUCCUAUAUUUUGCAAUAAAGAAACUAUUAAUGUUAAGGCAAUGCCAGCAGGCAGGCAACUCACCAUCCAAGUCUCAGCAAAGUUACCCGACCGAGGAUGUGGAGGAAGUCGAGCCCUAUGCCAGCUAUGUUCAACGUGUGAACUGUAUCUAUAACUGAACUGCAGAUUAUUCACAUAAAAGCCCUGCACAUGCGUCAUGCACAUGCUUAAAUUCAUAUGGCUCUGUGUGAGAAACUGAAGGUUGUGAAACUGAAAAGUGAUGAAGUAGUAAAUAGAGAGGAGUGAGAAGAAAGGCUUUCGAAAAGAGAAGACUCUCAAUUCUGUCCUAGCAGGCUGAUGGAACAGGGGAUGUACCCAGUGUCUCCUACUAACUCCUAUGCACAAUACUCCAUGUGUGGGUCUCAUGGAGGACAUUAUUACAGUAAUAACUACUCAUGCAUUGUGGCAUGCCAACACUGCAGAACUACAGACUUUUGAUACUGUUAAUGAAACACAAGGCUGUAAUUAGGUGUAAUUAUGCAUAUUUAUACGUUAACUGUAAAGAGAUUAUUGCCUUUUGAUAGGUUUUUGCCGCAGUCGUGCAGCAAAAACACAUGUAAUUCAAUAGCCUCAAGAUAAUGAGCACAAUAAUAUGUAAUGUUUCCAUGUUAUGUGUUAUUGCAUAAUGAUGUGAUUGUG